GUGUCCUCUCCACUCUGAACGCUGAUGUGUUACUAACUUCAACCUACGACUCUGCAAAAAUGUUCAAUUUCGGAUCAAAAUCGCUGCUGCUGUUCCUCCUGGCCUUCCCCUGUGGAUUAAUGUCCAUCGGCUACGUCUCUGCAGACUCAGACUCUGCUGAGGACAUUGCUGAGGACCCAGAGGCUGCAGUAGAUGAGGAGGAAGAUGAGGAAGAGGUGCUCGUUGAGGAAGAUCAGAUGCAACCAUCGGAAGGAGACGAAGACGAAUCUGAUGAAGCAGCUGAUAAACAGUUGGGGUCGAACCCUGAUGCCGACACAACCAUCCUCUUCGUGACAGGAGAAGAGUUUCCUGCCGGAGAAAUUGUGAGGAUCAUGGUGGGUUUCACCAACAAGGGAAGCCAGGACUUCACCGUUCAGUCGCUGGAGGCCUCCUUCCGUUACCCCCAAGACUUCCAGUUCUACAUUCAGAAUUUCACAGCGUCGCCUCUGAGCACUGCGGUGCCGCCCCAGGCUCAGGCCUCUUUCGAGUACUCCUUCGUCCCAGCUCAGCCCAUGGCGGGUCGCCCUUUUGGUCUUGUUAUCCUCCUCACCUAUCUUGACACUGAGGGCAACGUGUUUCAGACGGCCAUCUACAACCAGACCGUCACCGUCACUGAGCUAGAAGACGGGCUGGACGGAGAAACAAUGUUCCUGUACAUCUUCCUGGUUGGACUGGUGAGCCUGGUGCUCUUCGGGGUGUACCAGGUCCUGGAGACGAGGACGAAAAAGAGAAUGGCAGUGAAGAUAGAGAAGGGCACUGGUGGGAUGAACGAUGUGGACAUCAGCUGGAUCCCUCAGGAGACUCUCAAUGUCAUGAACAAGGCUUCCCCUAAAGUAUCUCCACGGAAACGAACCAAAAGGGCAGCUGGAGCAGAUCAAUAAAACUGUCCGUUUCCAUCCGUCAUCAUACAGUCCAGCGGGCUUUCAAAGCUCAUCUCCUCGCCACAGUAUCCCGAUUCCCAUUUACCAUGGAGCAUCAUUUCCAGUCCAAGCAAAGUGUCAAAGAUGUUUGUAUGUAUCAUCCUGCUGCUCUGCCGAAGCCACAACCAAGAGAGCAUCCUGGACUGGAAGACCAUUUAGACACUAACAGGGCUGAACUACAGUUCAUUUUAAAGGGUCUUUGUAUCUGUGUGUGUGUUCGUGUGUGUGUGUGUGUGUUCGUGUGUGUGUGUGUAAGUUGGUAAAAGAUGAACCAAAAAGUCAUUAAACCUUUUAUUGAGAAACAAAGGGAUUGUGGUACAAACUGCCCUUCAAAAGAACCCUUUGACUGUAUGAAUGCUGUCGUGUCAUAAUAAUUGCAUUGGAGUUUAAUUACAUUUAUUUUACAGAUUUGUUCGCUGCAUUGGUAGGCUUCAAAAAACCAUUCCUAUUUCAUCUGUUGAAUGAGAUGAAUUCCCCUCCUCUCUAUCUGUAAACACCAUGGUGCCUUUUCUGCGGUGCCCUGCAAAGACUUAAUUUUUAAGAAGAAAGUAGAUGCAACUAAUUAAAAGGUCCCACUGAAACGUCUCUGCUUUUAACAUCCAGUCACAUAGAUUCAGGUUUAUAAAAUGAAAAACCUUUGUUUUUCAGUGGGGCAAUGGCAUCUGCCAAUACAACAAGCGUUAAAACAGUGUUCUCUGGAGGUUAAUUUACCUGUUUUGUUUUUUUACUUAGUGCUGGUGGUGCAAUCUGUCAGAUUGUAUGCCUUUACAAAAACAAUAAAAGGGUGAACAAAGUGUG